CGCUCUACUAAUGGAUUUCUGUGAGGUAUUUGAAUCCCUUUAUGGCAAAGAACAGUACACCAUCAACCUGCACUUACAUGCUCAUCUGAAAGAGUGCAUUUUAGAUUUUGGUCCUGUUUACUCAUUUUGGCUUUUCAGCUACGAAAGGAUGAACGGAAUCUUAGGAUCAUUUCAUACAAAUAGUCACGAUAUAUCUUUACAGAUUAUGAGACGAUAUAUGUCUUGCCAGCGUGUUUCAGUUGCUCAUUGGCCACCAGACUUCAAGCGUCAAUUUGCUCCACUACUUGAUAGACAUUUCUUUGAAGAAGGAUCACUCAAAGCUCAUUCUUUAACACAGGCUCUAAAUGACUUUAGUACCAAUGACUUAAAUGUUAUUCCCCCAGUAUCAGAAAGUGCCUGGCAAUCGACGGACAAGGAAGAACUGGCAUCCCUUUUAACUUUGUUUAUUGGUCACGAGGAUUACACACUGCUUUUAUUAUACCAAAAAGCAUCUGCAGUAAUUGUUGGGGGGUUUGUGCUUGGAUCAGCUUUGAGUCGGCAUAUUACUAAGUCCCAUGUAAUGGCUAUUCAUCCUGACUUUCCUAAUGAGCUCUAUCUUGCGAGAAUAGAUAAUUUUUGUCGAGUCAAUGUUCACGAUAAUUUGAAUAAUAGUAGUCAAUCUCACUGGAUCGCACGAGUUACUUUUCAUUUUUUCAUGACCCUCAUGUAUGCAAAGUCUGGUUUGGUGGUCCAACACAAGUAUGGUGUAGGUCAUUAACAACAGGUGCAUACUAUAUCGAACUUUCUUCUAUAAAAACUCGAGUAGCUUACUGUGAACAUGAGGUUGAUUUUGGGAGUCGUAUUGGCAAACAAAUUGUUUUAGUUGUAUCAGUUUUGUCAGACUACAGUUCGUAGUUAAUUAUAAUCGUGCACACAACCAACGCCCAUGUAUAAUAUUAUUAUUACACUGUGCAAUUUCAAUGUUGUAUUUACUAAAAGUUAUGCUCACAAAAUAAUAAUGAAUAUUAAUUACUGCAAAGCAUCAUUAAUUAAGCAGUUGGUUCCUUUUGAACAGCACAUCGCAAAAUUUUUGCUGCUCUUGAUGAACCUUCUUUUAUAUUUCGCCAAAAAUGAGUAACUGUUUCCAUUUUCUCUUCCAUUUGGUAACAUACUUUACGCUUCUCUUUUUGUAGCCUUUCAGCAAGGUUUCUAUAAGUUUUUGCCUGGUAUAAGGCAUCAUGAAGUUCAAUCCUCAUAUCCUCCACAAGCUGCUCGCGCUGGUUUUUAUCCAUGGUUAUAACAUUUUUUUCUGUAGAAGCAAACACCUCAGGCAGAAGUAAAGGUUGAGUGACACUUUGUAGUGAAUUCGCUAGUAGUUCAUCAUACUUUUUAUGCACUGUACACCUGUCGAUUUUCUCUUUUUCUUCAGCAAUCCGUUUAGCCUCUUGCCUUUCCUGCAUAAGUUUGUUUUGCAAGAACAUGUUCAUUCCUUUUUCUGCUGUUUCUAGUCCUUCAAUUUGCUGGCUAAAUUCUUCCCUUUUUUUCCAUCGUUUACAUAAGUUGUUUUCAAAAAGGUUAAGAGAAUCACGCUUCUGUGCUGCCACUAUUGCCUUCUUUUUAUUUCGGUAUCGUUGUCGUCUUCUUUGCUUUGACUUUAUAGACCGCUGUCCUCUACAAGGUGACACCUACAGGGCACGAAAACAGUAACAUUGUAACAAUUGUAAAUACACUUACUUGAUCAUCGAAGUUUAAUUUUCUUUUGGCCUUGCAUUCCUUCUGAAUGCUUUGUGGAGGAGUCUGAUCAGUGAAUGUAUGAUCUGUAAUAUUCAACUUAGUGCCUGCUUAAGGAUUCAGGGAGAGUCAGGGAGAGGAGAGGGCAACAAUGAAGGAGACCUCGGCUUUGUUUCCAUUAAAUGCAUAUUAAAAUAAUUAUUAAUUAUGAUAAAAUGUAGGCCUACGUAUGUCUGCUCACCAUCAUUUCUGCGUCUUGAUGGUCAUAUCCCUUGCUCAUCAAAAUAUUAAAGCAGUGAUCAGAUGAUCCUGGGUCUUUAGAUGGGCUGCUCAUGAUCUGAAGUAGCAAAAUACAAAUCUUGAUGCGCUUUAAUUCAUAUCUGUUCACAUGCGACCUCUGACCCCAGAUGGAGAUUUGAUGGCAACCAGUAUUUAGUGGAAUCCCAGUUCAGUACAGUAGCCCACAUGCAUACGGAACCGUGCAAGAACUUUGAAUUGAGCUCAAGAACUGUGGCUAUAAUACUGCAUGCUGAGUCUACAGAUCAUUGUAAACUUUAGAUGUCAAUUGUAAACUUCAUAUGUCAUUGUAAACUAUGUGUAGAUUUGAAGUAUCCAGCUCUUCAAGUGUUCAGUGCAGAACACUCCACAUAUCAGACAACUCUGCGCACUUAAGGCCCGGGUCCAGAUUUUAACACCAAAAUUUACACUAUGUUCAUACUGCUGUAUUAUUUGCAAUAUACAGUGUAUGCUGCAUCAAAAUGAUCCAAAAUGAAGCUCAAUGUUUUCUUUUUCCAAAAAACUAAUUAGCUUAAUUCAAUUAUGCUAAUUAGUCCCAUAAAUGAUGAUGACGUCAUGCCACUUUCAGAAAGAGAAGUGCAAAUACGGCGUUGAAGAUGCCAAGAUCAAGCUUCAAAAACAAGGCUAGAUGAACAUCUCAUAGCUAGGUACUAGUAUCCUUGAUGGGAAGAGUAGGAGUUAUUGUAUUCUUGAGAUACACAAAAUAGCCUACCUCUAGGGUGGCUGUCAGAGCUAAAGAAGCUAGCAUAGCUAAGAAAGUUUUGGACAUUUUUACUUCCCAUCAAGGAAACAUAAUCAUAACAACAUAAUCUAUCUUUUGAGGGCCUAAACAGCUACUCUUACCUUGUUUAAGUCCGCCGUAUUUGUUGCCAAAGAUAAUCUAUAAUAGUUCUAGCAGCUAGCUAAGCAAAUACAUUGACCUUAUGACGUCAUGUGCAAUGAAUAACAUUAAUAAACAUUAUGAAUCUCAUUAACACUACAUGAUCUACAUGAUCUACAUAAAAUGUAGGCAAUGAAUAAAAUUAAUCUUAUCAGUGCCUGACCCAGGCCUUAACUGCCCAGAGAAGGCUUUGUACACUACAUAGUGCUAUGCCCCAUUUACAAAAUUGUACACUACUGUACACUAGGACAUCUGGCCCUGUGGUUGCUAGUGAAGAAGUAGCGAAGGAAUGUUUUUUGGAGGCAUAGAAGCAGUUACAUAUGAAAAUAGGUAUGCCUGUAACCGAUAUCAUUGAAGGAAUGUUUUUUGGAUAUGAAAAUAGGUAUGCCUGUAACCGAUAUCAUUGACGUAACUGUACCAGUAGACGGAACUUGGCAAAAGCGUGGUCGUACUUCUUCAUUGUUUGGUAUGGCUUAGUGCUGGCCCUGUCUAAGCAUUGUCAAGCAUGUAAAAUGAAACAAGUCUCAGAUAUGGAAGAUGAGUAUGAGGUAUGAGGAAUGAUAGCAAUUAUGAGGGAUCCAUGGAAAUGGAAGGCGUUGAAAGAACUUGGAAGCGCUACUACGCGCUACUACUUAUAUCGGUGAUGGAGAUUCUAAAGCUUUUGCUAAUCCUUAUGGUAAUGGUGUAAAAUUAACCAAACACGAAUGCGUACAAAAACGCAUGGGAACUGCGCGGGGGUAUGCCAGUGAAAUUCAAAGGGAGACUGACUGACAAUUCUAUAAAGGCAUACUACGGUGGUGCCAUCCGCAAUAAUACAGGCAGCAUUGACGGCAUGAUGAAUGAUAUUGAUGCCUCUUUUUUACAUUCUAUGUCAACAGAUACAUAUUCAGUUCACACGAAAUGCCCUAAACAUGAACCUCCAGACAACCCUAGCUAGUGCAAGUUUAUGGUAGCUAAAUACAACAAUGAGCCGAUGCCAAAACAUAAACACCCACCGUUAAUUCCAGCUGAUUUGGCAAAGUAUAUCAAGCCUGUUUAUCAACGCCUGGCUCAGGGAUCUGCUUGAAAGGUGAAAGGUGCACCUUGGGUGCCACCCAGAAUCAAAACGAAAGUUUUAAUAGCAAGCAAAACCCAACCCAGUUUUUAGGCAAGCAAACUGUUGAACUUUCUGCUAACUUAGCUGCCCUUCUGUUCAAUGAAGGUAGAGAAGUUGCUUUGAAACGUCUCUUCUCAGCACGAGAUUACACAGCGUGCCAACAGAGUACUAUAAGCAAGCGGCCAGUGUAGUGGAAAAGAAGCGAAUGUCUAGGAAUAGAUAGAGCGGAGAUCGCGAUAGGCUCUACAUAUGUGACAGGGCCUAGGAAAACAACUAAUAAUGUUCAGUACACUACAAAGUAAAAAUAUUUAGAGCUAACUUUAAUAUCUCCUCUAACUUAAAAAAAAAAUUUUUUAUCCGAAAAUUUUUUUGUAUAGCCGUUACAAGGCAGCCAUUGAAUUUUUCAUGCUGUUCUUGUAUGCGGAGUUUCUUAGGGUAGGAAGGUGCAAAUUGAGUGAUAUGUGACAGGGCCUAGUGUUUAGGAAAACACCCCUUAACGCGAGUAUACCCGAGUUUAUUUUUAUUGUUGAAUCGGAUAAAGCGUUCUCUAAGCUUCAAAAUGAUACCAAGAUCGACCUCCGGAGAUAUGUUCGAGGGAACGCUACGAAGGUAUGAAGGUAUUGCAACGCAGUAAAACGCUCAAACGUCAUGAAUAAUUGAAGUUCAAUAACUUCCUUCCGGGCACUUCCGUAUGCUUCGUAAAAGAUGUUCUGGAGAAGACAAGUUAGUUAGAUGAAGGCUAGGCGUUCUAGGACUCUCUAGCUAGCUAGUAUAGCUAUGUAGCUGGAUUGCUUGGCACCUAAGAAGGAUGUUCGAAGAAACAAAGAGGCAAAGACUCCCGUCGCUCGAAUGGUAAGCUCUCAUGUCUUGUUAUAAGCUUGUACUUAUUAUCUGUGUAAUGUAUCAGUCCAGAGAUACAAAAGGGGAUUGGAAACGACCGCCCACGCCCACGCCCUAUGUAAAAGGACUGACAUCCGGUGAAGCACUCCGUGUAAUUAUUGCGCUCGCAAAUAAUUACAUGAAAUAAUUACAUGGAGGACUGCGCUAUCCCUGGUUUCUAGCUCUCCUAUCCACUAGAGAUCACUCAGGGCCUGGGAGAUACUCUCAAGUAAGCACUGACAAGCUUUUGAGUUUAGCUUGAAUUACUCUAUGUCAACUUUUCUCUGUCCCUCCUGUGAAGUCAUCCCUCCUGUGAAGUCAAAACAGCAAAGGACAUUGCUUGACUCGGUUAUCUAAGUGCUACAUAGAAUGGCUUCAUGCUAUAAAUAAGCUGUACUGUUCAUAAACGUUUGCAGUAUAGUCUGCUUUAGUAUACUUUUAGACACACCACGGGCCUGUCCCUCCUACGACUUCAUAGUAAAGGCUAUUUCUUCUUGCAUAGCAUUUAUUUGUCUAGUAAUAGUGGCUGCAUGGUUUAGUCGACUUUUUAGAGCUAAAUUCUCUUUACUUUUUAGAAAAAUCAACAUUAAAAAUGAUCAAUUUCACUGUUUCAAUGUACAGCACAUAGUAGAGCAGUCAAGACAGGUAAUGAGCAUGCUGACUAUCAAUAUAAUCCUUUGUAGUUUUAGCCACGUGGAAUGCUUCACGCAAAAAUUUCGUUUCCAAUCCCCUUAAAGAUCCCUCACUUGUAUGGAGCCGUGUCUCUGUCCUUCAUACAGCUUAAAGGAAGCCUAAGUGAUCUAUUAUAGUAUUCGUCCGUAUCGAUCUAAGGCUUGAUCCAACUUAUUAGUAGCCUUAUAAGAAGCUUAAUUUAGUACUGGUAUCACUGCCAUUGUGCUUAGUAUGCUCAGGUAGAUUAAGGACUGUCCAGAUGCACUUCCGCAUGUAAAUAUCCUUUAAUUAAAUUCAUUGAUGUAUCAUGUGACUAUUACGUAAUUGAAAACGUCACGUAAGGGUUACACCCCCAGAGUGAUAAUGAUUUUAAAAGCAACAAUAAUCAUGCCUGAGCAAACCUUGUAUAACUCGAAAGCGCUUCGACUUUGAUUGUGCAAGUUAGUCUAUAGGAAGAAAGACCAGUCAAAGAUCUACAAGAUGAUGCCGGAAUCGCUUUAAGCUCUGUCCAGUGGUAACAUAAUAUUAUAAUUAUGGUAAGUUGUAGUUCCUAGUAAAACUUUUAUUACUUGCUUUUUUAAGCUAUGUACUAGUAUUAUACCUAGUAGAAUAGUAUUAGAUCGCAUGCAUAUAUAUAUUCUAAAGUUUCCAGUGCUAAAAAGCUAGCCUUUUUACUAUUUAAUAAAGGUGUGGCUGAUCACCAGAUGUACUAGGUGGCCAUGUGCGUUUGGACAGCUAUAGUGAACAUGAAACAAUGGCAGGAUCGAGGUGGCUGGCAGCAUGCAAGUACUUGUGCAGGUAGGUAGGCAAGUAGGCAAGUUGUCUGCUUCAUCUGGUGCCGUUGUUCGUCAAGUUCUUUGACUAAGGAGGAGUUACCUAAAGCUCGGAAGACUGCUCCAGCGAGCUUCGUCUUAAAGGUCCAUGUUUCAGGAAAGAAGAAGCUGCACAUUCUUGAGACACCACAGUUUCGCAGGGAUUCUCUCAAAGGAUAACAGAAACCAUACCGAGACUGAUCACAGUAGCAUAACAAUGACAAAGAGGACUCUCUAUACAAGGGAUGAGGUACUUUAGGGUAUCCUUGACAGUAGUGAGCAGGACCUCUCUGACUCAGAACACACUGAUGGCCUCGAAGACGAUGAUGGCCCCAUGGCAGAAGGGAGUGACGAUGAGUUCACAGACCUGGAUGAGGAGGAACAAGAGUACCCUACACAACCAGACAUCCCAUUCGAGCACAGUGACACUCCAAGACAGUCACCAGAAACAACCCUCCCAUCAUCAGAAAUAACCCUCUCACCCAUAGACUUCAAUUUCUCACCACCUGACUUAGAACCCCCCAUCUCACCACCUGACCUAGAACCACCCCCCCCCCACUCACCCUAAACGUCCGACCACAAGAGGCAGGAGAGGCAGAGGCAGAGGCAGAGUCAUGAACAGAACUAAUUCUACAAGUGCCACUCCUGGUUCCUCCAGUAAAUGGACUCCCACCAUUCGUGACCAUCCACGGCAAUUGUUCACUCAAUCUGUUGGCCCGACUGUGAUCAUUUCAGAUUCUCCACUGGAGACCUUCCAUCUACUGUUCACACCUGAGAUGUUGGAGUACAUCGUUACUGAAACAAAUAAGUACGCAGACCAAAGUAUGACCCCAUUACAGCAUGAAAAGUGGAUCCCUUUGACACUCGAAGAGCUCAAGGCCUAUAUAGGUUUUUGCAUAUUGAUGGGCGUAGUUACGCUCCCAUCAAUAGAGGAUUAUUGGAAGAAAGACACCCUUCUCCACUACUCACCUAUCGCAUCCAAGAUCUCAAGGGAUCGGUUCAGAGAUAUUCGUCGCUACCUCCAUUCUGCUGACAACACAACGCUCCCAACUCCCGGCACCCCUGGUAGUGAUCGCUUGGCAAAAGUACGUCCCCUCAUCAACAAAGUCAAUGAGCGCUGUUCGGCAGUGUACUUGUUAGACCGGGACGUGGCUGUUGAUGAGGCGAUGAUUAAGUUCCAGGGAAGAUCGUCACUCAAGCAGUACCUCCCCAACAAGCCUGUGAAGAGGGGAAUAAAGGUAUGGGUGUUAGCUGAUAGCAAGAAUGGCAAGAAUGGCUACUUUCACACCAUGCAAGUCUACACUGGAAGGCAGAGUACACCAGAAAAACAUCUAGGCACCCGAGUUGUCAAAGACCUCACUACUUCGCUGAAGGGAAAAUACCACCAUGUGUACUUUGACAACUAUUUCACUUCACUAAACCUCCUGGAAAAGGAUGGGAUCUAUGCUUGUGGAACAACUCGCAGCGACCGUGUUGGUUUCCCUGUAGAUCUUAAGGAUCCAAGCCUGCCUGACAGAGGAGAUUAUUUGAUGAGGCAGAAGGACACGGUCACAGUGACAGCCUGGAAGGACAAUAGGAUUGUCCGUGUAAUGUCCACGGCCUCUGACCCCACUGCCAGCUCCACUGUAAAUCGGCGAUGCAGAACAGGAGAGAAGAUCGCUGUACCAUGCCCUCAGUGCAUUGAAGACUACAAUCGGUUGAUGGGUGGCGUUGAUUGAUGGGUGGCGUUGAUAGAGGAGACCAGAUGAGGGGGUACUAUCGAUGCCCUACAAAAUUUCACAAAUUUUACAUGUACAUCUAUUCAUUUCUGAUGGAUAUAUGUGUAACCAAUAGCUACAUACUACACUCAAGAUACUCCUCACCCUCAAACAAGAGCAAGACAAGCCUCUCUUUUCGCCUUCGGCUGGCAGAGGAGCUGAUCGGAAGCUAUGCGUCUAGAAAGAGAGGAGUGGGGACACAUACUACAACGAAGACGCUACCCUUCCCCCUGCAUCACCAGGAAGGAUGUAGAGGGCGCUGUCAUCUAUGCAAAUCUAUAAAAGCAAGAAAAGACUCCCUGUGGUUUUGCCAGGCAUGCCAGAAAUGGUUCUGCCACACAGGAGACAGUUCUACAGACCGCUUUAUGACAUGGCAGUCACAACAACAUGAACUCUAGUUGCUGUUAUCUAUUAUUGUUUUAUCUAAUUAUGUUUAUGAUAAAGGCUGUAAAAGCUGUGCUUACAGACACAGGUACUAUCUACCUAUAUAUAUUUAUGUAUAUAUCUAUGUAUAUAUUUCCUAAAG